UCAUUAGGCAGCCAGCUGCGGGGGAAGGUGGCCGAGCGCCCGCGCUGCCCACUCGGACUCGCUCGCUCACUCAGCCGCACGCCCGCGCACAGCGCUGCAGAAGUUUGUGCUCGCGAUCUGGCUCUCUUCCUUCUGGACUUUUGGAACGAUUUAGACUUGAAAGAGGAAAGUGAAGGAGAGAACCGGAGCUGCAAGGUAAACACCACCGUCUGCAGUGGGAAGCAGGCAACUCUCUUUUUUGCCACCCGCGUCCUGAACCCAGGCCCAUUCGCCCCUCGACGGAGCAGCUUCGUUCCGGAGACGACCGGGGCUACUGGGUGUGUGGCUGCCGUGUCUGGGCGUCUUCUCCCGGCCGGAGGUUCGCGCCGCAGCCUGCGCCAUGCAAAACUACAAGUACGACAAGGCGAUCGUGCCGGAGAGCAAGAACGGCGGCAGCCCGGCGCUCAACAACAACCCUCGGAGGAGCGGCAGCAAGAGGGUGCUGCUCAUCUGCCUCGACCUCUUCUGUCUUUUCAUGGCGGCCCUGCCCUUCCUCAUUAUUGAGACCAGCACCAUCAAGCCUUACCACCGAGGUUUUUACUGCAAUGAUGAGAGCAUCAAGUACCCGCUGAAAACUGCAGAGACAAUAAAUGAUGCUGUCCUGUGUGCUGUGGGAAUUGUCAUUGCCAUCCUCGCGAUCAUAACAGGAGAGUUCUAUCGGAUCUAUUACCUGAAGGAGAAAUCCCGGUCAACAAUUCAGAAUCCUUAUGUGGCAGCCCUCUAUAAGCAAGUGGGCUGUUUCCUCUUUGGCUGUGCCAUCAGCCAGUCCUUCACAGACAUUGCCAAGGUUUCCAUAGGACGCCUGCGUCCUCACUUCUUGAGCGUCUGCAAUCCUGAUUUCCGCCUGAUCAACUGCUCUGAGGGCUACAUUCACACUUACACAUGCAGAGGUGAAGACAGCAAGGUCCAGGAAGCCAGGAAGUCCUUCUUCUCUGGCCACGCCUCCUUCUCCAUGUACACGAUGCUGUAUCUGGUGCUAUACCUGCAGGCUCGCUUCACUUGGCGAGGUGCCCGUCUACUCCGGCCCCUUCUGCAGUUCACCCUGAUCAUGAUGGCCUUUUACACAGGACUGUCUCGUGUAUCUGACCACAAGCACCAUCCCAGUGAUGUCCUGGCAGGAUUUGCUCAAGGAGCCCUGGUGGCCUGCUGCAUAGUUUUCUUCGUGUCUGACCUCUUCAAGACCAAGACGACACUGUCCCUGCCACCCCCUGCAAUCAGGAGGGAACUCCUCUCCCCCGUGGACAUUAUUGACAGGAACAAUCACCACAAUAUGGUGUAGUUGCCACACACCUCGAAAGCUGUUCUUGUAAAAUGACUGCUGACAGCAACUUCUUGCUGCUCUCCAAUCUCAUCAGACAGUAGAAUGUAGGGAAAAACUUUUUUUUGCCCGACUGAUUUUUUUUUUUAAGGAAAAAAAAGAAAAGAAAAGAAAAAGUCUUAUAUUGUGGCCUUCCAAAAUAGGUAGUGUUCACCUAUAUGGAAACAACAGCAAACUAACACCAAGUGCCGGAAUCCUGGAUGUGCAAUUGGUUUAAGUGUUCAUGUUCUAGUGAACACGGGCUUGUUCUGGAACAAACACUAAGAAUGAUUUGAGUCGAGUCUGCUGGUCACCUUGUGACCUGAGGAAUCCCAGGCCUGUGAGAACAAUUCAAAUUCACACUGUUGCACACAAUGCCAGAAAUAGCACUGAAUCAAGAAAAUUGCCUUGAUGCAGACAGGAGGCUCCCCUCUUGUAUCUCAGUCCAUACCACUCUGUUCUCUACUGACUUGUGGUUCAGGAUGUCCUCUCUGUUCGUUUCUCAAAGUAAUGAAAAGAGCAAGUUUGCUCAGUCAUGUGAUCAGAUCCUGAGUACAAAUUCCCAGACCUAAGGCCUUAUCACUCUCCUCCCCAACUCUUGGGGUCAGCAACCAUAGUUCCUCACUUUUAGUGACUAGGAGACUCUUUGUGGAUGAGUGAAUUUCACAAAUAGCACAAUUUGAGAAGAGGUGGAAGGUCCAGGCCCUCAGUUGUCUCCUUUGGAUGCAUCCUCCUGUGAGGUUGAAAUGUCAGCUGCAGGAUAUUGGUGCGGUGUACACCAAUCACCCGGGCACUUGCGCACUCUUAGUAAUGCUUAGCUUUUGUUUACUCCUUUUCUUCCUUGAAGUCCUUGCUGUGCAGCCACUGGGAUUUCUUGUGAGGUUCUGGAGAUGAGCAAAGGUGUGGUCUGCUGCUGGCUGAUAGAGAGCAGCCUUCCAUACUGGAGAUGGGUGAAGUGAAGAGGCAAGAAUGAAAACUGAACCAACCUUCUGGCCACUCAAGAGUCAUGAAUGGGCUAGAGUAGCAGAUUGUCUCAUGUCCAAAAAAGACUGUCCGUCUAAGAUAAUGGAGCUCCCAAGGGUGUCUGUGGCAGUUGCUCCUGCUAAGCUGGGUAAAGCAUUACUGUCUUGGGGUUGAUCUCCAGGGCAGUUCUUGAUAGGUUCUGCUGGGCAGAACACGUGGGUUAAAUCUCCGAGAAAGUGGUCCUCAUCUUCUAUCCGUAAGUGUCCUUCUAAGCAAGGCCCCACUGUAGGCAAUAGACAGGGGCCCCUCUACUGAACCUCUGAGGAAAGGUGAAGGAAGAAAUGCUUUCUAUCUUGGAUGCAAACCUUUCAAAGGGCUAAGUGUAACCACAUGGGUCAACCACAUGCACAUCCUUACUACAGAAGCCGUCCUUUCAUUUCAACUUAUAGCAAGCUAUGAUUUUUAUAUAUAAAUAUUAUAUAAAUAAUGUAUAAAACAUUAAAAGUUAACUAUGUAAAAUAUUUCUGAAACAAUGUUAGCUAUAUCCACUAUGAUUAUAAACUGUGUCUCGACCUGUGUUAUUUCCAUUUAGCUGCUUAAAAAAGCAUUGAGUUAAUUUUUUUUAAUAUCGACUAAAAUACCGUAGUUCUGUGGUAGACAUUGUUUUUAUAAUGAGAGGAAUAACUGCAACUAGAGAAGAACUGUAUAAAAACAUUAAAUUGUCAGUAUUUUUGUAAGUUUCCAUUUUGUAAAGAGAAUAAUAUUCAAAGACUUUUGUAGAAUACAAAGUGAAAACUUGUAUCUGCGAAACUAUACUUGUAUUAAAUGUGCUUUUUAAAUAAAAGCUCAUAACACAACUAA